UUGUUCUGGGAUGGAGUUGGCAAGCAAAGUCGGAGACGCAGUGAGCAAAGCGCUGAACAGCAACAAAGUGUUGAAUGUGGUGUUAAUGAGUGCAUUUGGGUUGCUAUGUCUGAGAUCAGUGCAGCAACAAAAGAAUAUGGAAGUUCUUGAGGCAGAAAAAGACUCUUUGCUCAAUUCUAAUAAAGCUAUGAAGAAGACUAUGUGGGAUUGGAAGCAGCAGCUUUUUGCUGAAGCUGAUUUACCCAAUCCCCUUAUUCCACUCUCUAAGCUUAAAGCCAUUUAUGGAGAAGUCCAAACCACCACAUCGACUUCUGGACUAUGGCAUUGUACGUUGAAUUUUGCAGUGAAAAAAUAGUUGGAUUUGUGCCAGAAAUCAGUGGCUUUGAGCAAGCCAAGAUAAUCUAUGAGUAAAUAUUUGAUUGAUGCAAGUUUCUCUUACAAGGCAAUCCUAGCAGAAAGACCCCCAUUAGUGACCUCAGUCGAAAUGAUUAAGAGGAUGUGAAGUUCUCUUUUUCUUUUUGUCUAACAAUGACUGGUUGAUUGAGAAACUCUGGAUAAUAUGUUUUUCUUGGGGUAUUCCUUCCCUGGCUAAGAAGAGCUAAUGAUCUCGCUAAUACGACAGAGGCAAAAGUUAGGUAUAAUUUGCAUAGAACUUCUCUGAGAGAGAAGAAAAAGUUGUGAACAUCUCCCCAAUAUUGAUUCCUGGAGGGUUUUAGCUUCUGACUAUCAAACUUAUUAUGUUAGAGACCAAGUAUAAACUUGGGCUGAAUUCCUAAACUUGUAUUUACAGGAAGUAAUACAUGAAGUUUUCUGUCAAUAGCAGAAGUUUCAUGUUAUUCUUCACAUAGAACAUUUUGGGUAGAAAAGAAAAGGGAAAAAUGGGAGAA